UCUUAAUUUCCCUUUUUAUUUUUCUUUUCAAUCUAUAAUUGUUGAUUCUGUUUUCCAGUGAUUUAUCAAUUGGGGUUUAAUUGGUUGUUCUAGACUUGGAUCUUAAAUUUCAUCGGUUUGUUUUACUAAUUUUGGGGCAGUAUGCGGCCUUUUGGUAUUUGAUUGGUUUUUUAAAUUUUGUCUUUCAUCAAGGAAAGAGUAUGCAUUAGGUUUAAUUUGGGAUUGGCAUUUUUUCUUUUCAAUUGUUAUAUGCUACAAGGGAGCAAGUUUAUGGGAGUGAUUUGUUGGCAACAAGGGAAAGAUUAUGGAUGAUCAUAAUUUAGGCUUCUUGGUGAUGCCAUUGUAUAAAUAAGUUUAUACUGUACCCAACUUUCUCCAUUUAAUUUGAGUUACUUGUAACAAUAACAAGCACAGAGCAAAAGGGGGAAAAACCAUCAUCUUGAUACUUAUGAAUACUUUGAUGAGGAAGAGUUUAGGUGGCUGUUAUUAAUCUGUUUAUUCUUGUGCUAAACUGCUUUGUGAUGAGUAGGGUUGUUUCUCGUUUAACCCACGGCACUGACCUGCUCGGUUGCCUAGGGAGUAAUCUAAGAUAUGUAUUGCACAUUACCAUAGUCAACUUUAUUUGUCUGUCAAUGAUUGGUGUAUCUUCAAUUGGAUUUUGGUAUUCAAUAGGGAAAUGGUGCUGAUGAAAUUUCUCUUUGCAACAAGUGAAAACAUUAUCAUAAAGGAACAAGAAAAAGGAAUUGGUUUUGAAGUUUCUGCAGUUGAUGAAAAUUCAUUGAGGACUGAAAAUUUGGAAUUGCGUAGACAAAUAUAUAUUUAUUUACUUGGCCCACGACCAAAGAAUAUCUGUUAAAUGAAAGGAUGUCUUCUCCAAGCAAGAGAAGAGAUAUGGAUGUUAUGAAAUUGAUGAUGAGUGACUACACUGUGGAGCCAAUCAAUGAUGGGAUUAAUGAAUUCAAUGUGGAAUUCCAUGGGCCAAAAGAAAGCCUUUAUGAAGGCGGUGUUUGGAAAAUCCAUGUGGAGCUACCAGAUGCUUACCCAUACAAAUCUCCUUCCAUUGGGUUUCUGAAUAAAAUAUACCACCCUAAUGUUGAUGAGAUGUCUGGUUCUGUAUGCUUGGAUGUCAUCAACCAAUCAUGGAGUCCAAUGUUUGAUCUUUUAAAUGUGUUUGAGGUUUUCCUUCCACAGCUGCUGCUUUAUCCAAACCCUUCAGACCCACUUAACGGUGAUGCAGCAUCCCUAAUGAUGAAAGAUAAGAAACAGUAUGAAGAGAAAGUGAAAGAGUACUGUGAACGUUAUGCAAAAAAGGAAAAUAUCACCAAUGCUCUCUCAGAAGAUAGCAACGAAGACAUCAGCGAAGAGGAUGUUAGUGAUGCAGAAAGAAUAUCAAGUGAUGACAAUGUUGCGGGUGAUGCAGAUCCCUGAUGAUGGCCCUUCACAUUUAAUUUAGGCAGUCUCCUUUACAUUUUCUUGUCCAUUUCAUUACCUUUUAGUUACUAGUUGGUCAUUUAUUCAAUUGCUUGUAAAUUGGUGAAGGUGUAGUUAGAGACCAAAUAAUGAUAAUUCCAUGUAUAACAAAAUGCACUUUAACAGCGACAUCAAAUGUAGUGAAAAUUUGAAACAAGGAAAUCAAUAAAUACAACGGGCACUUUUAUAUCUA